UCCAGGUGGCAUCACCCGUGGGUGGCUGGUUGGGUUGGGUUUUUUUUUUUUUCCUUGCAGGGUCUCUUUGGGGGUGGGGGGCCUGGUGGGAAGGAGUUCCACCGUGGAGCCUGAAGAGAGGACGGCGGCUCUGCUUGACCUCACUGCUAACAUGUUGUACCUUGAGAAUAAUGCCCAGAGCCAGUACAAUGAGCCACAGUACACCAACCUGGGGCUUCUAAACAGCAUGGACCAGCAGAUCCAAAAUGGCUCUUCCUCGACCAGCCCGUACAACACAGAGCAUGCCCAGAACAGCGUCACGGCGCCUUCGCCCUACGCCCAGCCCAGUUCCACUUUUGAUGCGCUCUCCCCCUCUCCUGCCAUCCCCUCCAACACAGAUUAUCCCGGGCCUCACAGCUUCGAUGUCUCAUUUCAACAGUCCAGCACUGCAAAAUCGGCCACGUGGACGUAUUCCACUGAACUGAAGAAGCUGUACUGCCAGAUCGCCAAGACCUGCCCCAUUCAGAUCAAGGUGAUGACCCCCCCACCCCAAGGGGCCGUCAUCCGGGCCAUGCCAGUCUACAAGAAAGCAGAGCAUGUCACCGAGGUGGUCAAGCGCUGCCCCAAUCACGAACUCAGCCGGGAAUUCAACGAGGGCCAGAUCGCUCCUCCUAGUCACCUCAUCCGAGUUGAAGGAAACAGCCACGCUCAGUACGUGGAAGAUCCCAUCACUGGGAGGCAGAGCGUCCUUGUUCCUUACGAACCACCACAGGUUGGCACGGAAUUCACAACCGUCCUGUACAAUUUCAUGUGCAACAGCAGCUGCGUCGGGGGCAUGAACAGGCGUCCCAUCCUCAUCAUCGUCACCCUUGAAGCCAGAGAUGGGCAAGUCCUUGGCCGCCGAUGCUUCGAGGCUCGGAUCUGCGCCUGCCCAGGCCGGGACCGCAAAGCCGACGAAGACAGUAUUCGGAAACAACAGGUCUCUGAAGGAACAAAGAAUGGUGAUGGAACGAAGCGCCCUUUCCGGCAGAGCACACAUGGCAUUCAGAUGACCUCCGUCAAGAAAAGGCGCACCCCAGAUGAUGAGCUGUUGUAUCUCCCAGUGCGGGGCCGGGAGACCUACGAGAUGCUGCUGAAGAUCAAGGAGUCGCUGGAGCUGAUGCAGUUCCUCCCCCAGCACACGAUUGAGUCGUACCGUCAGCAGCAGCAGCAGCAGCAGCAGCACCAACAACACCUGCUGCAGAAGCAAAACUCCGUCCAGGCUCAGCCUUCCUAUGGGUCGAGUUCUCCUCCGCUUGGGAAGAUCAGCGGCAUGAACAAGCUGCCCUCAGUCAGUCAACUCAUCAACCCUCAGCAGCGCAACACCUUGACACCCACCAGCAUUCCUGACAGCAUGGGAGCCAACAUUCCAAUGAUGGGAGGCCACAUGACGAUGGCGGGCGACAUGAACGGGCUCAGCCCCACCCAGACGCUGCCCCCCGCACUGUCCAUGCCGUCGACAUCCCACUGCACCCCGCCCCCGCCCUACCCCACAGACUGCAGCAUCGUCAGUUUCUUAGCGAGGCUGGGCUGCUCCUCCUGCGUGGAUUAUUUCACGGCGCAAGGGCUGACCAACAUCUAUCAGAUUGAACACUACUCCAUGGAUGAUCUGGUGAGCCUCAAGAUCCCGGAGCAGUUCCGCCACGCCAUCUGGAAGGGCAUCCUGGACCACCGGCAGCUGCACGACUUCUCCUCCCCUCCCCACCUCCUGCGCACCCCCAGCGGCGCCUCCACUGUCAGUGUGGGGUCCAGCGAGGCCCGCGGAGAGCGCGUCAUUGACGCCGUGCGCUUCACGCUCCGCCAGACCAUCUCCUUCCCGCCCCGGGACGAGUGGAACGACUUCAACUUCGACUUGGAUGCCCGCCGCAACAAGCAGCAGCGCAUCAAAGAAGAAGGGGAGUGAAGCCCUCCCUGCUCUGCCCCCCCCACCCCACCCCACCGACCGAUUCUGUUGUGGCCCCAAAGUGGCGGGGGGGACAGAGGGGAAGCAGGGCGGUGCGGCUCGAGCGAGGGAGAUCUCUGCCCUCCAGGGUUUGCGGCUUCUCUGCCAGGGCUGAAAGGUGUGUUCUCUCGUGUAAAUCACAGCUGGUGUGUGUUUGUGUGUGUGUGAGUGAGUGGGAGGGCCGCGUGGCUUUUAUGGUUGCGGCCAGUAAGGAAGGCACCCCCAAAAAUGAAUAGUCUCCUGUCUGGCAGUUACGCCUUUCCACAUUUCCGGCACUUAACUGCUCUUCUGCUGAGCUGAGCGCAUGUUUUGUGGGAGAUGUGUACCUUCUAGGUUUGGGUUGUUUUUGCCGUUUUCACGCACAACACAUAGUUGUGGCCUGA